AUGUUUCUUACACGAUCAGAAUAUGAUCGUAAUUCUCAUGCCUAUUCACCUGAAGGACGAUUAUACCAAGUAGAAUAUGCUAUUGAAGCGAUUAAAUUAGGUGCAACUGCUAUGGGAGUUGCUACAUCAGAAGGUGUACUUUUAGGUGUAGAAAAACGAGUAACAUCGCCUCUAAUGGAACCCUUAUUAGAAAAAAUUAUGGAAAUUGAUAGCCAUUUGGGUUGUGCUAUGUCUGGGCUCACAGCAGAUGCCAGAAUUCUUGUAGAACAUGCACGUGUUGAAUCUCAGAAUCACCGAUUUACCUAUGACGAACCCAUUUUAGUUGAAUCAGUUACACAAUCUAUAUGUGACUGUGCACUUCAAUUUGGGGAAGAUGCAGAUGAGGCAGUCAUGUCAAGGCCCUUUGGUGUAGCACUUUUAAUAGCCGGUAUUGAUGAAAAUGGCCCACAAUUAUAUCAUGCUGAGCCAUCUGGGACAUAUUAUCGGUAUGACGCUAAAGCAAUUGGCGCAGGAAGCGAAGGUGCUCAAUCUGAACUUCAAAAUGAAUAUCAUUCUUCGAUGACAUUGGAAGAAGGAGAAAUGCUAAUUCUUCGUGUAUUGAGACAUGUUAUGGAAGAAACAUUGGAUGCGAAAAAUGUGCAGCUUGCAAGUGUAACACAUGACCAUGGAUUUCAAAUUUAUUCGAAUGAAAAAAUGCAGGAAAUCGUUUCCAAACUGUAA